CGUAAUGACCUACUUUACCACGAUGUUGGCUUUUCCGGAGUAAGGCUACGUGCUCACAACUCAAUCAAUUGCAAAUUAUUGACAUUCAUUCCUCGUAAUGCCUCCAAAAAACAAGGGUGUAGGUGCAAAAGGUAGCGGAGCCGCUAAAAGCGGCGGAAAAGGAAAAGGAUCAGAAGGAGAAAGCGAUUCAGGAAAGCAGGCAAAGGGAGGAACUGCUGUCAAGGUCAGGCACAUUUUAUGUGAAAAACAGUCCAAAGCACUUGAAGCAAUAGAAAAGCUUAAGAGUGGAAUGAAAUUUAAUGAUGUGGCAUCACAGUACAGUGAAGACAAAGCACGAUCAGGAGGUGACCUGGGAUGGAUGACACGUGGCAGCAUGGUUGGACCUUUCCAAGAUGCUGCUUUUCAGCUGCCCAAUAGUACAGUGGACAAACCAAUAUACACAGAUCCACCUGUUAAAACAGUCCAUGGUUAUCAUGUCAUUAUGGUUGAAGGGAAGAAAUGAGUUUUUCAGAUUCCAAUAAAGUUUUUUUUUCCUUUCA